GGCCGCCGGCCUCCCAAGAUGGCGGCGGGCAGCGGCCGCCCGCUGGCGGUGCCGCUGCUGCUGCUGCUGGCGGCGGCCGUGGCGGCGGCGGCGGCGCGGCUGUACCGGGCCGGGGAGGACCCGCUGACCGUGCUGACGGCCGGCACGGUGCGCAGGGCUCUGCUCAACUCCUCGGCAGCCUGGGUGGUGCAGUUCUACAGCUCGUCCUGCGGCCACUGCAUCGCCUUCGCCCCCACCUGGCGGGCGCUGGCCGGGGACGUUAAAGAUUGGGAGUCUGCAAUUAGAAUCGGUGUGCUGGAUUGUGGGGAAGAAGAGAACUAUGAGACAUGUAAAGAAUAUGGUAUUCACUACUAUCCGACUUUUAGGUACUUCAAAGCAUUUACAAAGCAGUUUACGACUGGAGAAAAUUCCAAAGGAGCAGACCGUGAGCUGCAAACAGUUCGCCAGAUGAUGAUUGACUUCUUACAGAACCAUUCUCAAGAGUCAAGACCACCUGCCUGCCCAUCAUUGGAUCCAGUUUUGUCCAGUGAUAUCACUGCUCUUUUUGACAAGAACAGCGAUCAUUAUACUGCCGUUGUGGUCGAGAGUAAUAACUCCUAUGUCGGGCGAGAGGUUAUCUUAGACUUGAUCCAGUAUGAAAACAUUGUGGUAAAGAGAGCACUGAAUUCUGAUAAGCCUUUUCUAGAGAAACUUGGUAUUACCUCAGUCCCUUCAUGCUAUCUGAUGCAUCCAAAUGGGUCCCGUGGAUUAAUUAACAUCGUGAAGCCUCUUCGGUCUUCCUUUUCUUCAUAUUUAAAGUCACUGCCAGGUGUAAGAAAAAAACUACUUUUGCCACUUGAGCUACCUGUUAAAGAAAACAAAGAGGAAAGCACAGAAAUCAAGCAGUGGAAAGAAUUUGAUAAAUCUAAGCUGUACAUGGCUGACCUUGAAUCAGGAUUGCAUUACCUGCUUAGGGUAGAACUUGCUACGCACAAGAUGCUUGAGGGAGCUGAGCUAAAGACCUUCAAGGAUUUUGUUACCGUUGCUGCGAAGCUUUUUCCUGGCCGUCAGCCUGUGGUGAAGUUGUUAGAGACCUUGCAAGAGUGGCUGGUGAGCCUUCCAUUAGACAAAAUCCCUUAUGAUGCUAUUCUAGAUCUGGUCAACAACAAAAUGCGGAUUUCUGGGAUAUUUCUCACUAAGAGAAUUGAGUGGGUCGGAUGUCAGGGCAGCAGACCAGAGCUGAGAGGUUAUACCUGCUCCCUUUGGAAGCUGUUUCAUACCCUAACUGUUCAAGCUGCGCUGCGACCAAAAGCAUUGAUAAAUACAGGUCUUGAAGACAAUCCCCAAAUAGUACUUCAGAUCAUGCGGAGAUAUAUUCAUCACUUCUUUGGAUGCAAGGCUUGUGCUCAGCAUUUUGAGGAAAUGGCUAAAGAAUCCAUGGAUUCUGUUAAAACCUUAGACAAGGCUGUUCUCUGGCUCUGGGAGAAACACAACGUAGUGAAUAACAGACUUGCAGGUGAUUUGACUGAAGACCCAAAAUUUCCCAAAGUUCAGUGGCCAACUCCAGACCUUUGUCCUGCAUGUCAUGAAGAAAUUAAAGGAUUACACAGCUGGAAUGAGGACCAGGUUCUACAGUUCAUGAAGUAUCACUAUAACAGUGAAAAUAUUCUAUAUAAAUACACUGAAAGCCAGACUGACUCCAGUGAAUCUGAAGUGGGAGAUACUAGGGAGGUAAAAGACAAAAAUCUACUGAAGAAACCAAGUGGAAACAGAGAAAAUAACAUCCUGGGCCAAGAAAACAUACGAGAUUCAGAGUCUAAGAUGUUAGAUAAGCUAAUAGGGAAUCAUGGACCUGUAAAAGACAGAGGUAAAAAUGCAGUUGAAUCGGUUAACCGUGAAGAGAGCAGGCAGUCUGUAUCUUUCUUAGGAAUUGGAUUUUCCAACAUAGACAUGAGUCUGUGUGUCGUACUGUAUGUAGCAUCGUCCUUAUUUUUAAUGAUAAUGUACUUUUUUUUCCGAAUGAGAUCUAAACGGUGGAAAGUGAAGCAUUAUCGUUCAUCUGUAUAGACGUUUAAAUUGGAAACAACAUUUUCAUUGUACGUGGCUGUUCAGUACCAGAUACAGCUUUAAUAUUUAUGAUCAGGGAUUUUAUAUACAGUAUUCUUCGUUUUAAAACCCUUUCUUCCCAAGUCAUUUCACAAGUGUUCUAGCUUAAUAUAUGGAGCUUGCUGUAAGAACCCUCUUUGACUCUGAGGCACAUGGUGCUGUCAUAAAGUACCCAGUGAGGAAAGCAUUGCAUUUUUCAGUUCAGAUUUUCCAUGACUUACCGCCUACAUCCAUUACUCAUUUGCAGAGUAAACAUUACAUUAUGCAAUCAACUGUGCCUGGUUUUGGAAAGAAAUUGGAUAUUGUUUCGUGUACGUCAAGCCAUUUUUAAAAAACUUAUCCAGAGCUGAUUUUACCUACCAGCGUACUGAACAGUUACUGUUACCUUGACUUCUUCAUUUGGAGAAGCAAGAAUUGGUUUUGUAUUUUUUUUUGGUGUUUUGUUUUUUCCUCCAGGAGACAAGAGUUCUAUUUUGAUUAAAUCAAUUGUAAACCUUG